GGCCUCGAGAAUGUUCAUGAACUUCCGGUAUAAACAGAAAGUUGAGAGACAUGUCGACUGUUCAAGUUUUGUGUCCAAACGGUCGGCGUCAAAACGUUAAAGUAACACCAAAUACGAAACUGUUACAGGUGCUUGAAGAAGUUUGUAAAAAACAAGGAUUUCUUCCUCCAGAAGAUUACACACUUAAACAUGGAAGAAAGGCUGUAGAUAUAACACUGUCAGUGAGAUAUUCCAAUCUACCAAACAACGCGAAAUUGGAACUGGUGAAGUGUGAAUCCAGCAGAGCGGAACAAGAUGUCCUGAUAGCCUUACAACUGGAGGAUGGUCAGCGCCUUCAACAGACAUUUUCCCCGGCCACAACGCUGUGGGACAUCCUACAACACUGGGAGAACUCGGACAGUGCCUACAAGGGAAACCUUUACAAAGUGGAUCCAUCCAACAUUCCACCCAUUCAAACAACCUGUAUCUACAUGAGGGAAGAGGUCAUUGGAGAAGUUGCUCUACAGAGUACAACACUGAGGAAACUUGGUUUGACUGGGGGGAAGGCUGUAAUCAGACUUGUACACAGACCAGUGGAGGACACAGCGAUGGCAGAAAUUUUAGAUAAAUUAGAAAGAGAAAAGACAAAGUUAGAGAAAUUAGACUCUAUAGCUCAGAGACAGUUGUCUCAACAAGAGGAAAAUUCUGUUCCUUCUGGAUCUGAAAAACAAAAGUCUGAAGACAAGUCUUUGUUGUCUGAGAACAAAUCUGAGAAACCAACGGAAUCAACAAGUCGGACAUCGGAGGCUAUGGAGGUAGACUCUAAACCUAGUGCUUCAGUUACUAGCUCAUUUCAACAGCAACAACCAAUGGAAGUGGAGGAUAAGAUAGUGACCCCAGGUCACAGGGCCAUGACAGCAGAUCAAGGUCAAGGACGUCAACAGCAGCAUCAGGAUUUUGCGGAGACAAUUAGACAGAUGAAUAUUCCAGGGGUUCAGGUGUUUGCUCCUGGAGAUUUUCACGAUUUAACGCCACAAGAACAAGAGAUAGCAAGACGUCUAGCAGCUCACUAUAUGCCACAGUUGGGUUUACAUUCAUCACCCAAUCAACCAGGAGCAGGAGGGUCAAAACCAAAAAGAGGCCGACCUCAGCAGGCAGUGCCAUUUGCAGAGUUCAAGUUUCCAGAAGAAACAAAGGGGAAAGAUGUUUACAGAAAUGAACUAAGUGAUGUUAACAGAGAGGAGUACAAGCCAUGUGACAGACAAGCUGUUUUGUUUAAUGCUGAGGAAGUCACUACAACAACUGCAGCAAAUGAAGAUCUUCCAGAAAACUUUUUUGAGGUGAAUGAGAAUGAUAUAAGAAAAAUGAUGGUGGAUCUACAAAAGAAAAUGAAAAGUGAAGAGGACCAGCCCCUGUUAACUCGGAGCAUGAUUCAGGAGAGACUGGAGGCCAAGUAUUCCAAAUAUCAGCAGGUUGUCAUCCGGAUCCAGUUCCCAGACAAAGUGGUGCUCCAGGGAUUAUUCCGUCCAAAAGAGACAGUGCAUGCAUUGCAUAAAUUUGUGAAAGAAUAUCUGGAGGACAAAAGCCAAGGAUUUUACCUAUAUACUGCACCCCCAAAGCAAGUGCUAAAGGAUCCAACACUCAAUAUGAUUCAGGCUAAACUAGCACCUGCCACUGUUGUAUAUUUUGGUUCCGAGACAGCAAAGGAUCACUAUUUAUCAGAAGCAGUGAGGAAGGAAAUCAGCCCAAAGAGUAAAGCUGAGCUCAUAGUAGAAAACUGUUUACCAAAAGAUGACACUCCAACCCCAGCAAAAAAAGACCCAAUUCCUGGUCCAUCAAAAUCGAAAUCAAGUAAACCAGAAUCUGACCAAUCAGACGACUCCAAGAAACCCGGAGUCCCAAAGUGGUUCGCUGUGGGGAAAAAAUGACAGCUGCUUGUUGAAGAGAUCUUGAGAGAAGAGAAUCAAAAGUUUCUGUUAGAAGCCUUAUUCAGAAGGACUGGUCACAUUAAGUCAGCUGAUGACUGUUCUGUAUUCUUGUAUACCAGUCUUAAACCAUGAUUACCCUCAGUUUGAGUGUAGGUUUACUAUCUGUCAGAGUGUAGGUUUACUAUCUGUCAGAGUGUAGGUUUACUGUCUGUCAGAGUGUAGGUUUACUGUCUGUCAGAGAGUAUGUUUGCUAUCUGUCAGACUGUAGGUUUACUAUCUGUCAGAGUGUAGGUUUACUAUCUGUCAGAGUGUAGGUUUACUAUCUGUCAGAGUGUAGGUUUACUAUCUGUCAGAGUGUAGGUUUACUGUCUGUCAGAGUGUAGGUUUACUAUCUUUCAGAAUGCAGGUUUACUAUCUGUCAGAGUGUAGGUUUACUAUCUGUCGGAGUGUAGGUUUACUAUCUGUCAGAGUGUAGGUUUACUAUCUGUCAGAGUGUAGGUUUACUAUCUGUCAGAAUGUAGGUUUACUAUCCGUCAGAGUGUAGGUUUACUAUCUGUUAGAGUGUAGGUUUACUAUCUGUCAGAGUGUAGGUUUACUAUCUGUCGGAAUGUAAAAUGGAACCCCACUGUCUGGUAUACGAGAACAAGUGUUUCUUCAUCAUGUGGUAUUCAUGUUAACAUUCUAUAACUUCCCAAGAAAAUAAAUUUCACUUCUAUAAUUCC